CCCUCGCCUUCUGCUUCAAUCCUGAGCUUCUAUUUCACCCGUGGCCGACACAAACGACGACGAGAAGCUUUGUUGCUUGUUCAAUAGCCACGGCGUACACUUGGUGAGGCAUAUCACAAUCACCAUGGGCAUCCUGGACCACUUCUCCGAUCUCUGCAGCAUCACGGAGACGAAGGAGGCCCUCAAGCUCCGGAAGAAGCGCCCGCUGCAGACGGUAAACAUCAAGGUGAAGAUGGACUGCGAGGGGUGCGAGCGGCGGGUGAAGAGCGCUGUGAAGUCGAUGCGGGGCGUGACGCGCGUGGUGGUGAACCCGAAGCAGAGCAAGUGCACGGUGACGGGGUACGUGGAGCCGGCCAAGGUGCUGGAGCGGGUGAAGAGCACGGGCAAGGCGGCGGAGAUGUGGCCCUACGUGCCCUACACGAUGACCACCUACCCCUACGUCGGCGGCGCCUACGACAAGAAGGCCCCUGCCGGCUUCGUCCGCAGCGCGCCGCAGGCCAUGGCCGACCCCAGCGCGCCCGAGGUCAGGUACAUGACCAUGUUCAGCGACGAGAACGUCAACUCAUGCACCAUCAUGUGAUGAUCCCCUGAGCCGCUGGCCGGUGAUGGCGGCAGUGGCCAUGGCCGUGUAUGCGCUUGUAUGCAUGCUAGCUAGUUCAGAGUGCAAAAAGGAAUUUGAGCAUCUACGCUACUACCAAUUUGCCUUUAAUGAGUUUGUAUAUGUUAGGUGUAUUAUGUUUAUGCACAUGUGCUUUGUUUCAAAAAGGAGAAAAGCCAAUAGAAUGACGGCUAAUUUUUUUGCUC